AUGCCUGGACGUGUGGUUGACCAGGCCAAGAAGAGAGUGCUUACGGACGCCACCAAUACACACAAUGCCGUCAAGUCCCCUCCCUCCGCAAAGAAGCGAAAGCUCAACGGCAAUGGUCCGCAUGUCAGUUUCGGGUCGUCUCAGGCAGGUCCCAAUGGCUUCAGGUCGAAGCUGGGCUCAAGCCAGCCCAAGAGCCAGUUUGAGACCGAAGUGCUGGAGAAGAUGACCCAGGAUAUUUCCGGGUUGAAACAGAGCAAUGCCGAGAAAGACCAGCAAUGGGAUCGACCAAGCCUGGACGAUUUCGAUCCUCAGAGAGACGCCUUGCGCUUCCAACAGAUAGAGAUUGAAGAGGGUACGCUGCACGGUGGAAAGACAACGCUGAAGAUGUUUGGCGUCUCAGAGACUGGACACUCCAUCCUCCUCCAUGUCACCGAUUUCCUCCACUAUCUAUACGUCGCGGCACCCGUCAGCUUCCAGCGGCAAGAUGUGGAGGGUUACAAGGCGUAUCUCGAGGCUCAGCUGGCUCAGCAUCAACCCGUCAUCCAUUCCGUGCAAAUGGUGCUCCGGGAGAACCUGUAUGGGUUUCAGGGCAAUCAGAAGAGCCCUUAUCUGAAAAUCACAGUGACCGAUCCCAAAUAUAUCAACAGGCUUCGGACCUCGAUCGAGGACGGUGCUGCCAACUACAAAGGGAUGUGGAAGGGCGUUGACAGUAAGAUCUUGACUUUCGACAUCAUCCAAUAUGUUCUGCGAUUUAUGAUCGAUACCGGCGUUGCUGGAAUGUCUUGGGUCGAGGUCCCGGCAAAAAAGUACCAUGUCCUGCCUCAAUACGAACGUCAGUCCAAUUGCCAGAUCGAGGCACACUGUCAUUACCGAGACUUGAUCGCCCAUGGGCACGAAGGCGAGUGGGCUAAAAUGGCUCCCUUGCGGAUUCUGUCUUUCGACAUUGAAUGCGCCGGUCGCAAAGGGAUCUUCCCAGAAGCCAACCAAGAUCCUGUCAUCCAAAUCGCAAACGUGGUGACCAAGUACGGUGACUCGAGACCAUUCGUACGCAAUGUUUUUGUGCUGGACACUUGCAGCUUGAUCGUCAAUACGCAAAUCUACGAGUACGAUUCGGAGUCGAAGAUGCUCAUGGGCUGGAGGGAUUUCCUUGAGAAGGUCGACCCAGACGUCAUCAUCGGGUACAACAUCGCCAACUUUGAUUUCCCAUAUCUCCUCGAUCGAGCAAAGCAUUUGAAAUUGUCAAAGUUUCCAUACUGGUCGCGGCUGAAGAGCGUGGUGUCGCAAGCGAAAGACACCAAUUUCUCCAGCAAGCAGAUGGGCAACCGUGACACCAAGGCUACGAACACCAACGGGCGCAUCCAACUGGAUCUACUCCAGCUCGUCCAGAGGGACCAUCAGUUGCGCAGCUACACCCUGAACUCCGUGUGUGCUCACUUUCUCGGAGAGCAGAAGGAGGAUGUCCACCAUACCAUGAUCACUGAACUCUUCAAUGGCACGCCAGAUUCGAGACGACGUUUAGCCGUGUACUGUCUCAAGGAUGCCUAUUUGCCACAACGUCUCAUGGACAAGUUGAUGUGUCUGGUCAACUACACCGAGAUGGCCAGAGUCACCGGUGUGCCUUUCAACUAUCUGCUAUCUCGUGGUCAACAAGUCAAAUUCAUCAGUCAGCUUUUCCGAAAGGCAUUGGAGCAACAGUUGGUCAUCCCGAACCUUCUAACGAAGGCUUCGGACGAACAGUAUGAAGGUGCCACCGUGAUCGAGCCGAUUCGAGGCUAUUACGACGUGCCUGUUGCGACUCUUGAUUUUGCAUCACUGUACCCAUCCAUCAUCCAAGCUCACAACUUGUGUUACACCACUUUAUUGAACAAGAACAUCAUCGAGAAACUCAAUCUGAAAAAGGAUGAGGACUACAUAUUGACGCCCAACGGUGACCUCUUCUGCACUGCAAAGGUCCGGAAAGGACUGCUUACCCAAAUCUUGGAAGAGUUGUUGGGUGCACGUAAGCGCGCGAAGAAGGAGCUCGCUGUUGAGAAGGACCCUUUCAAAAAGGCAGUGCUCAACGGUCGUCAAUUGGCGUUGAAAGUAUCAGCAAACUCUGUCUACGGCCUCACGGGCGCCACGGUGGGGAAACUACCGUGUCUCGCAAUUGCCUCCAGCACCACGGCCUACGGGCGACAAAUGAUUGAGAAAACCAAGCAUGAAGUCGAAACAAAAUACACCAUCGCCAACGGCUACUCUCACGACGCGCAGGUCAUCUACGGUGACACCGAUUCGGUCAUGGUCAAGUUCGGAGAAAAAGACCUUUCCAAAACCAUGGCCCUGGGACAAGAAGCCGCCGACUAUGUCUCGGCCAAGUUCAUCAAACCCAUCAAGCUGGAGUUCGAGAAGGUGUACUUCCCGUACCUGCUGAUCAACAAAAAGAGAUAUGCCGGUCUGUACUGGACCAACCCCGACAAGUACGACAAGAUGGACACCAAAGGGAUCGAAACGGUCCGUCGAGACAACUGCCGACUGGUGCAGAUUGUGAUUGAGACUGUGCUGAAGAAAAUCUUGAUUGAUCGCGACCUGGACGGCGCGCAGGACUACGUCAAAGAGACGAUCGCCAAUCUGCUGCAGAAUAAGAUCGACCUCAGCAUGCUGGUCAUCACCAAAGCCCUCAGCAAGAGCGACUACACGGCCAAGCAAGCACACGUCGAGCUCGCCGAGCGCAUGAAGAAGCGCGACGCAGGGUCGGCGCCCGCGCUGGGCGACCGAGUGGCCUAUGUGAUUGUCAAGGGCGCAGGAGGCAGCAAGAACUACGAGAAAUCCGAAGACCCGAUCUACGUGCUGGAGAACAACGUCCCCAUUGACACCAAAUACUAUCUCGACAACCAGCUGGCCAACCCGCUCGGCCGCAUCUUCGAGCCCAUCCUCGGCGAGCGCCGCGCCAAUUCCCUGCUGGCCGGCGACCACACCCGCUCCAUCUCUGUCGCGGCCCCCACGCUCGGCGGCUUGAUGAAGUUCGCCAAGAAGACCCAGACCUGCAUGGGCUGCAAGAAGCCGCUGGUCGGCGCAGAGGAGGCCAAGGGCGCCGUCUGCGAGAACUGCAGGCCGCGCAUCGGCGAGCUCUACACAAAACACGUCAAGAAGGUCGGCGAGCUGGAGGUCCGCUUCAGCCGUCUCUGGACCCAGUGCCAGCGCUGCCAGGGCAGCAUGCACUCCGAGGUCCUCUGCAGUUCCAGGGAUUGUCCUAUCUUCUAUAUGCGCAUGAAGGCCCGCAAAGAGGUCGAAGAGGGUGGCCGUGAGCUCUCGCGGUUCGAUCACGACGUCGGGGCCAUCUGGUAG